AUGGAGGUCGGGAAGCUCAUCCAGGAUCAGAAGUGGAUGAUCCACAACCAAGGCAAGUUUCAAGAAUACGUCCAAGACGAGCUCGCCGUUGUCAAGGACAAGCUGCUGCUGAUCGGCGAUCUCCUGUCUGCCGCAGGCGAUGAGGAGCCUCUUUGCCAGGAGAGGUUGCCUUCCGAGGCAAAUACGAAGGUCCUCUUGUGGCCAUGCCUGGGCGACUUUCGGCUCCCUCUUUGGAGGGCAUAUCGUGUCCGCUUGCCCCGCAUCCAGUCGAACUCUGGGACGGAGGGGGAGAUGACGCUUGCGGAGCUUCGCUGGGAUGUAGUGAGUGUUGGUGGUUCGAGGUUGCUUCAGCUCAGUGCCCUCGCCUGUGGGGAUGAGGACGCGCCGAGCGUUUUCCCAUCGCGCGAGUGGACCCACACGGCCUCGGACCUCGAAGCACUCAGCAGCUUUCUGCAGGUGGACCUGGAGACAAAGCAUCUCCAAGACCCUGUGCAAGCUCGGACCCCUGCGGCCAAGCAGUACCUCUUGACCAACGCCUUCAGGGACCUUCUCGCGACGAGAGCGCCUGCAGAUCCGAGCGAGCUCAUUCGAACGCCGGAGAAGGUUUCUCCACUUCUCAAGAGGCUCGAGAUCGUGAGCGACUGCCUCCCUUCUGACCUUCAGAUUCAGGGAGGCCUGGUUGGCUUCGUCUACGCCCUCAGCGCCGCCUGCGGGGCAGGGCUCCUCCUCUGCGGCCUUCCCAGCAAGGAGCCCCAGCACCCGAGCAUGCGGCGCGGGGGCUCCACAAGCCUGGUGGUCUACCUGGGGCUCGUGUAUGCUUUCUGCUACUUUGCCACGGACCAGUACGUGCCCAGCCUUCCCCAGAUGGAGGUGGACUUGCAAGGAUCGCAAACGACGCUGAGUGGCACUGUGCAGCUGAACCUCGUCGUCAAGGCCGUCUUCGGCGUGCUGGCUGCGGGUCUCUCCGACCGUAUUGGCAGAAAGCCCGUUCUGCUGGUGGGCACAGUCCUACUUGCCGUCGCCAGCUUUUGCUGUGGCUGCGCCGGUCGAAUCGAGUGGUUCCUGGCAGCGCGCGUGUUGCAGGGCAUGGGCGAGAGCGUUGAGCCGGUGGUCUUUGCCAUGGCAAGAGAUGCAUUUCCCCAGCGGGAGGAGCGCCCCUCGAUGGAGAUGUCGGCCAGUUUUUCGUUAAGACGGUGA